CAUGUGCUAUUGUUUGUGUUAUGUAACUAGUGUACAGAUUGUGAUGUAAUUGACGAUAUGUAGUUACGGUAUGUUUUAAAGAUUGUUAAAGGGAUCAUUAAAGGAACAUCCCAUGCAUGAAGUACUUUCGAAAAAUCGUUUACCUUUAUUUAGAAAAGUGGUAAUUACAUUAUCUGAAAGAUACCCCACAACUUAGUGACAUGACUCCUGAUGAUACAAUAUAUCUCAUCCUUUUAUUAGUUUCCACAUCAUUUGGUUAUUUCGUCCGUCAGGUAAAGCAUGUCAAAAUGAAACAAUAUGUUUGCACUCUCAUUGGUUUUAUCCUUCUUGCAAUUGUGUCUGGAUUUCAUAUCUUACAUCCAUUAGUUCUGACCACUGUUAAUGCUGUCCUGGUGCUUCAUGUCAAGAGAUUUUGUCACAUUGUCAGUUUUGCAUUUUGUUUCUUAUACUUGCUGUUGAUCAGAACUUCUGAAUAUUUUGGAAUUCCUUCACCACCUGAGAUUACGAAUACAGCAUUAAUGAUAAUGGUAUUGAAGAUGGUUGGAUUAGCCUAUGAAAUAAACAUUUCUUGCUUAAAGCAGAAGUCUGAUGUUAAAGAACCUUAUCUUCAUCAAAUUCCUACAUUCCUAGAUAUUAUACAGUAUUCAUUUUGCUAUGUGGGUAUAUUUGUUGGUCCUUACUUUAAAUUUCAGACAUAUGAGGACAUGUUUACAAAACCUUACAGCACAAAUGUUUCACAUUCAACUUUUUUGAAGAAACGUGUUGUUGUUGUACCUUUAUACAUAUGUUUAUACCUUGUCUCUGAUUAUUUAUUUCCUCUUUCUAUUGCUGUAUCUGAUGAAAUCUGGAAAUUUCCAUUUCUGUGCAGAAUAUUUCUUAUGAUGGUUUGGUUCUUCAGUUUUCGAAUGAGAAUAUAUAUAGCUUUUGUGCUUGCGGAAUGUAUUUGUAUUAAUUUGGGACUUGGUGCAUAUCCUGAGAGUACCUGUCCAAAACCAGGUGCAGGACCAACAUCCAUACAUGGCUUAUAUGUUGAUGAAGAAGAUUCAAGUGCUUUGAAAAAUAUGACAUAUAGCUUUGAAUGUAUUAGAUGUAUGGAUGAAUUUGCAAGUGAAUUCCGUCCAACUAUUAGGGAAGGUAUUAGGUACUGGAACAUGACAGUCCAAUAUUGGUUAGCAAUAUACAUAUACAGAAAAACAGAUGCUUCUAAACCUGUUAAGAUGACAAUAACAAUGUUUGUUAGUGCUAUAUGGCAUGGAGUACGUCCUGGGUAUUAUCUCUCACUUUUGGGAACACCAUUAUUGUUGAUUGCAGAAAUUGAAGUAGAAAAAGCUUUUCGUAAAAAUAUCGAAAAACACUGGCUAACGAUUUAUGAUUAUAUAUGGUAUUGUGUUAAAAUGUUUUCAGUAUCAUACAUGGGUCUUGCAUUUAUUCUACUUGAUGUACAAAGUAUACUUAACUACUGGAGCUCUAUAUAUUAUAUUGGACAUUUUUUUACCCUAUUUAUGUUUUCUAUAGCCUUCUUAAAAAAUAACUGGCCCAGAACAUACACAAAAAGAGAUAAAUUUUUGUCAGUAGAAUCUAACAAGGCAAAAUGAGGUUUUAUAUUUUAUAACAUCUUUAUAUUUAUGAUAAUUUAUGUUUUUGUAUGAUUUUGUAUUAAAUGUACAUAUAUGAAUACAAUUAUUUUUACGUA